UUCGCCAAAGAUUUCUGGAAAUCUUCUGUUCCUAGAGAUCUCUUCUCCUGGCAGAAUGAAGGCUUUAGUUCUGAUCACGUCUCUCCUUGCUGUAGCCUUUGCUACUGAUAAUAUUGACAUUAAGAAUAAGGGAAACGUCGGCAGUGAUGUCCAUCAGACAGUCAACAUAGAUAACCAUGAUAAUGUUGCUAAUGUGAAUCAGUACAAUGGUAUGGACUCAUGGAACACCAUGUGGGACUACAACCGAGGUCUCUUUGCUGUCCGCCUUUUGUCCAAGAAAGCUUGUGUAGUUAGCAGGAUAAACAGAAAUGUGGUCCCCAGCUUGGAAUAUCUCAGCAAAGCCAGCCAGGAGAAACAGAAAACCAAUGCUCCUCCUCCACCUUCCAUGACUUACACCGUGACAAAGAACCAAGUGAGGAACGUGGCACAGUUUGGCAAGCACAUAACAGCUCUGUGCAAUAACAUCCCUACUUACCACGCCACAGAGGUGCAAGAUCCCAGCCUGUAUGAGACCGAAUGCAUAAAGAGCUCCAUUAUUAACAUUUUGGGUAUUGUCAUCUGCGGGUUACCCCCCAAUGGCCAGAAGCUGCAGCUCUAGCUCCUUCAUUCUGUUUCACUACGAUUAACUACGAUAGCCUCUUUUUUCCCCUUUAUUCUUGUAAAUGCAUUUACAAUAAAGAUGUUUUAACUCGUAAAUAAAGUGGUUUAAAUACAACAAAA